AUGGAGACAAGAUCUCCCGAAACCCCAAGCGAAACAUCACAGACAACCAUUCCGCCGUUGCUGAACCUGCCUUCGGAGUUACUCCAUGAUGUACUCCGCUACCUCCAUCUCUCCGAUCUUCUUACAGUGGGCAUGGUCAGCAAAUCCUUGCGCCAGCACACUCUCCAGGAUAUACUUUGGCAAACAUUUGUACAAGCAGAAGUCCCCGCCAUUACCAAACCCGCACACCUGACAUGGCGCGACCUCUUCCAGCAACACCACCCAUAUUGGUUCAUCGCCAGGCGAAAGAUCUGGUUCGCCGACACCGCGCACACGGGCAAGCUCCUCAUCGCACGCUACGACCACCGCCUCGACGCAAUCGAAGCUUACGCCCUUGUAGCCGAACGCGGCGUUCCGUCUGCACUAUCGUGGGAGCAGCACCCGGAAGCCAUAAUCCACACCUUUAACCCAAAGAUACGCCUUGACCUCAACGCGCCUAUUGUCCGACUAAACAAAGAUGCCUACGAAGAAGCCAUUGGACCCAUCGGCUAUCGUCUCCAGAAGGAAAUUCGAAUGAGCCUCUACCGCGACCGGCAACAGCAAGCCGCGAGUCUGUUCUCGCAACUCAUGCUCACGCGCCCCUGGCCCCAAGCCAUCACGGGCGAUGCAACACCUGUAUGGCCACCUCUCACUUUGCCCAGUCAAGACCGCACACGCAACGACACUUCGCCAUCCGGCUUUCGCCAACCAGGCCAGAAACCCGCUACCUUGACCCAGCUGUCCACAUCCACAUUUCGCAUCCGCCGGUGGAUGGAGUUCUCCACACGCGCACUCGGCCUGGGUAUGCGCAUCGGCGAGGACGUGACGACGUGGGCCACGCUACCUGAAGAAUGCUACACGCCGACCAAGCAGAAACCGUGGCAGGGCAUCUGGUGCGGCGAUUACGCAGGCCACGGCUGCGAGUUUCUCGUCAUCAUGCAGCCAGAUGAGGCGGAUGCAAAGCCGCUGCCAGAACGGGCCUUGUGGGCAAUGAGGGCGAGGGAACGAGAGGGCAGUGUUUCUAGUGAAGGGAGUUGGACCACGGCGCCUACAGAUGUUGCGUCCGAGGAUGGCGAGGGCAGUGUCUCAGCAAUGGAGACUGCAGAUGACCUGGAAGAUAGCGUUGCUACGUUGCAGGAAGCGUUUCAUAUCAGCCAGGGUAGUGGACCGGAACACACCGCUAGCACUGGACAAGAAGAAGACCCGGACGUAUAUCGUGGUCGCAUCGAAGCUGUCAAGCUGACAGGCGAUCCAAAUAUUCCACGCGGAGAAUUUACCUUUAUAGCACCCGAUAUUGGACCUAAUGGCUUGAUCCGCGUCGCCAAAGAGGAGAUCUUCAAGGGCGCGAGGAUUGUGAGAAGUGUUGGGCAUAUCGCUGCUACAGGCUUCAGGAACGACAAUUACAUGACGAGUCAACUCAUCCUCAUCUCGCAUGACCGGUUGGCGCAGUAUUGGGAAACCUUUGGGCAUGUUUCUUUCUAUCAACGAGUCGAUGUCGAGGCUCUUACUAGGAUAUGA